CAGCAACUCAGACCCCUCUGUUCUUUCUGACAGAGACGGGGAUCCGACCCUCCUCCGUGGACUGAGGCAUCCUGACCGUGCGAGCCACCUGGCACCCUUCCAGCCGGUCCCGCUCAGCCUUCGGCGCCCAAGCCAGGAAGGAGGGCCACCCCAGGAGAUGAGAGGAUGGGAGAGGAGGGGAGAGGAUGGGUCCCUUCGUCCCAGAGGGUGGCGAUGGCACUGCUGACCAACAACUGAGGUCCCCAGUGGCCACAGCGGGACCGAUCCCGGGGAUGGAGCGAGGGGCAGAGCUGUGGGGCCCGGAACUCCGGGGCUCCGAGGACGGCCUGGGAGAUGGUGCCGCAGGAGCCGGGAGCCAUAACGAGGAGGGGGACGGUCCCCCGUGGGGAGGAUCCGGGGCCGGGACGCCCCCAGGGGACCCGCUCCCCGGCCCCGACCCGAAGGACCCCGCAGAGCCGCCCCAGGGGGGAGCGCCCCCGGCGGACUGGGCCAAGGCCUGCGAGCCCGGCUGGCAGUGGGGGACCCUGGCCUCCUGGGCCGGGGGCGCCGGGGGAGCGCCGGCGGGGGGCGCGGCCGGCGGGGGCGAGCCGGGCCUGCGGGAGCUGGUCCGGGGCCGCCCGGCCGGGGGCGACAAGCCAUACAUCUGCAACGAGUGCGGCAAGAGCUUCAGCCAGUGGUCCAAGCUGCUGCGGCACCAGCGCAUCCACACGGGCGAGCGGCCCAACACCUGCUCUGAGUGCGGCAAGAGCUUCACCCAGAGCUCGCACCUGGUGCAGCACCAGCGGACCCACACGGGCGAGAAGCCCUACAAGUGCCCGGACUGCGGCAAGUGCUUCAGCUGGAGCUCCAACCUGGUGCAGCACCAGCGGACCCACACGGGCGAGAAGCCCUACAAGUGCACCGAGUGCGAGAAGGCCUUCACCCAGAGCACCAACCUCAUCAAGCACCAGCGGUCGCACAGCGGCGAGAAGCCCUACAAGUGCGGCGAGUGCCGGCGGGCCUUCUACCGCAGCUCGGACCUGAUCCAGCACCAGGCCACGCACACGGGCGAGAAGCCCUACAAGUGCGGCCAGUGCGGCAAGCGGUUCGGCCAGAACCACAACCUGCUGAAGCACCAGAAGAUCCACGCCGGGGAGAAGCCCUACCGCUGCACCGAGUGCGGCAAGAGCUUCAUCCAGAGCUCCGAGCUGACCCAGCACCAGCGCACGCACACGGGAGAGAAGCCCUACGAGUGCCUGGAGUGCGGCAAGAGCUUCGGCCACAGCUCCACCCUCAUCAAGCACCAGCGCACCCACCUGCGCGAGGACCCCUUCAAGUGCCCCGUCUGCGGCAAGACCUUCACCCUCAGCGCCACCCUCCUCCGCCACCAGCGCACCCACACGGGCGAGCGCCCCUACAAGUGCCCCGAGUGCGGCAAGAGCUUCAGCGUCAGCUCCAACCUCAUCAACCACCAGCGCAUCCACCGCGGCGAGCGCCCCUACGUCUGCGCCGACUGCGGCAAGAGCUUCAUCAUGAGCUCCACCCUCAUCCGCCACCAGCGCAUCCACACGGGCGAGAAGCCCUACAAGUGCCCCGACUGCGGCAAGAGCUUCAUCCGCAGCUCCCACCUCAUCCAGCACCGGCGCACCCACACGGGCGAGAAGCCCUACAAGUGCCCCGACUGCGGCAAGAGCUUCAGCCAGAGCUCCAACCUCAUCACCCACGUGCGCACCCACAUGGACGAGAACCUCUUCGUCUGUCCCGACUGCGGCAGGGCCUUCGCCGACGCCGCCGAGCUGCUCCGCCACCGGCCCAGCCACGGGGGCGCCCGGGCCCCGGGGGACGAGGCCGGCGGGCCCCGCGGCGGGGGCUCGCCCUCCGCCCCGCCGCCCCCCGGGGCCAAGCCCCACAAGUGCCUGGUCUGCGGCAAGGGCUUCAACGACGAGGCCAUCUUCGCCCAGCACCAGCGCGUCCACAUCGGGGAGAACCCCUACCCCUACCCGCGCCCCGCCGCCGGGGCCGGGCCCGGAGCCGACCCCUUCCGCGGCCUCGCCGGGGACUCGGACCCGCCGCCCCCCGCCGGGCCCUACAUCUGCUCCCACUGCGGCGACGGCUUCGCGGACCGCGCCCUGCUCCUCCAGCACCAGCUCGCCCACGGCUUGCCCGAGGGCCGGCGGGGGGGCGGCCGGGGAAGCCCCGGGGACGGGGCCGACCCCGGCCCGGCCGGGAGGCCCUUCGGGUGCCCCCAGUGCGGGAAGGCCUUCGGCCACGGCUCGGAGCUCCUGCACCAUCAGCGGAGCCACCACGGGACCCCCGAGGCCGGGAAGACCUUCUCCUCCGUCCUCCUGGAGCACCUCAAGAGCCCCCUGGGGGCCCGGCCCUACAGCUGCUCGGACUGCGGGGCCUCCUUCCUCGACCGCCUGGCCCUCGUCCGUCACCAGGAGAGCCACGCCCGAGAGGGGGCCCCCGAUCGGCCCGCCGGGACCCCCGGCCACCCGGACGGGGAGGCGGUCCACCAGGGCGAGGACGGCGGCCCCCCGGGGGACGUCCCCAAGACCCACCCGGGCGAGAAGCCCUACGUCUGUCCCGAGUGUGGGGAGGGCUUCACGGAGACCGCCACGCUGGCCCUCCACCGCCACAGCCACCCCGGGCUCGCCCAGUGAACGCCAGUUUGGGCCGGUGGCGGUGGUGGGGGUGGGGGGU